AUGGAUACAAAAGAUGAUUUGUUGAAAUUUCCAGCACACACGCUGUUAUUUGUCUGCACAGAUGUGAUUUGCUCAAAACCGCGACUCCAGCUUUCAGAUAGUGUAUGGUCACUUCAGAAGUAUGCAAAGUUAGAAAAUGGUUCUUGGGUGCAAGUUGAUGGCAAUGGAGAUCUAGACCUCAUAAAACAGGGUCUUCAACUCCUUGUAGUUCAUCAGGGAACUGGUCUUGACUCCAUUACUCUGAACAGUAAUCCUCAUCAACUCAAAGGAUUUUGGAAGGGUAGUACAUUGGCCAUUGCUAUUAAAUACAAGUUGACAACACGCAGAAUAAAAUUUAAAUUUGCAGCUACAAAAAAUCACUCAUCAGUGAUGAACUGUGGUGCCUGUGUUCACAUGCUGAAAAACUACAUGCACAUAACAGACAACACAGGUACAGCUAAACAAGAAACUCUUCAGGUAACAGAGUUGUAUGAGUAUAUACUAAAGGCAAAUUCUAUUGAGAGACCUCUGGUACCAGUUUCAGGUAUACAAGCAGACAAAAGCCUUGACUCUCUCAUUAAAUCCUGCAUACUUGACCCAGGAUUUCCUGAAUUUGUUGAACAAGUGCAGUCAAAGUUGGAAGAAAUACAGAAAAUUUCAUCAUGA